CAAAAUGAUAGUAGAUUUGAACACAUGCUUUGUGUUCUUGUAUUGCCUAUAGAUGUUAAACUCAAAAACUCCAAGAGUUUCUACUGCAGCUGUUCCGUUUUUUGUGGACUGUGAACAUUAGACUUCCACGAUGUCUACCAUGAGGUCACUCUAACCAUAUUCCUCUCUAAACAUUGUCCUGCAGACCUUUUUUUUGCCCUCAGGCCUCAGCAGCUAACGGCUCUCCACUCAGAGGAAAGCCUCUCUUGUGCCACUGACAUGUAGAGGUGCAGGUUCACUUGCCCUGCGUAGAGGCUUAUCUACGGCUAAGCUAGGGGAUGGACAAAUAGAAAAUCCAUCCUCACUCUAGCCAGCCCGUCUAAGGGCACAGAGAGCCAUCUGUCCAUUCUCUGUGCAAUAACUGAAACAAAGGGGGUCAAACCUUUAACGAGGACUGUAAAACUAGAAGACAACUCAUUCAGGGGACACGAGGAAGAGAGGAAGAGGAACACAUUAAAAGCACAGGUGUGGCAUGGCGGCAAAGCAUUUCACCCAUCCAUUGGUUGUUGUAUGAAGCUGAAUAUAUAGUCUGGUGUUAAGAGUGAAUAUGUCUGACAAGGAAGAUGGGGUCUCAGAUGGAGGGAUGAAUGUUACCCUCACAUUACGACUUUUGAUGCAUGGGAAGGAAGUGGGCAGCAUAAUUGGAAAGAAAGGGGAAACCGUCAAAAAGAUGAGAGAGGAGAGUGGAGCACGCAUCAAUAUUUCUGAGGGAUCUUCUCCAGAGAGGAUUGUCACCAUCACAGGGCCAACUGAGGGCAUCUUCAGAGCGUUUUCUAUGAUCGCUGAGAAGUUUGAGGAGGACAUUACAGCAGCAAUGACAAACAGUACAGUAACAAGCCAUCCUCCAGUGACACUCCGACUUGUGUUCCCGGGAAGUCAGUGCGGCUCCUUGAUAGGCAAAGGAGGCUCAAAGAUCAAGGAGAUCCGUGAGACCACAGGUGCCCAGGUGCAGGUGGCAGGGGAUAUGCUGCCGGAGUCCACCGAGAGAGCUGUCACUAUAUCAGGCACUCCUCAGGCCAUCACCCAGUGUGUAAGACACAUCUGUUCUGUCAUGAUGGAGUCACCGCCUAAAGGAGCAACUAUCCCAUAUCGUCCCAAGACAAUGCCUGGAGCUGUCCAUCCAGUAUUUCAGCAGCAACAUCAAAAUGCGUCACAAGCCUUCACAUUUCAAGGACAGUAUGCUUUCCCACAUCAAGAUUUGACCAAGCUUCACCAGUUGGCUAUGCAGCACAUUCCCCUCCCCUCCCUUGGGCAGAGCAACCCUACCUUCCCUGGAUUGGAUGCCUCUGUCCCCACGAGUUCUCAGGAACUGGCAAUACCCAAUGACUUUAUUGGCUGCAUAAUUGGCAGACAAGGCAGCAAGAUCAAUGAGAUCCGUCAAGUGUCGGGCGCUCACAUUAAGAUAGCCAGUGCCACGGAUGGUUCGCCCAUGCGCCAGGUCACCAUCAUAGGCUCACCAAGCAGCAUUAGUGUUGCGCACUACCUCAUCAAUGCAAGCUUAGAGAUGGCUAAAUACACCAUGCAGGCUGCUUCCUCCGCGUCGUCCAUUGACCUCAACAGCAUGAGCUUUGCUCAGUCUGCUCCCGCUGUCUCCACCCCCACCUCCAUGGCUGUCAUGGCUGCCACCACACAAGUCCCCGGCACCAUCAUGCACUCCCCAUCCACCCUGCAGUCUAUCCCCACCCAGCACUACGCCGUGCCCGUUUCCAGUCUGCUUGGCAUGAAAACGCUCCCAAUGCUGGCCAUGCACCAAGCUGCUACCUCAGGCCUUCCGCAGGGUCUAUCCCCUUACACUGCUAAGAUCCCAACAGCUGGCAUGAAGAAAUCCGACCGCCAGAAGUUUGCCCCGUAUUGACACAUAGGAUAAGAAUUGACCCCCACACCCUCCGCAGGCAUGUGUGGGGUCAAUACCGCAUAAUACCUGUUCCCGUUGCGAUACUUUACUAAUUUGGACACUGUAUGUUGACUUUAUUGAUGGAGGGUAUCUUGCGAAAAUGAAACCUGACCUAUUUGAGUGUUACGGUAUUGUUUGCAACUGUAAGUUAAGUAAAGGUAAUACCUUUCCUAUGUGCGCAUACUGAUCAAUACAAAGGCAUUUCUCAGGCUUGUAGUAUGUGACGCACAGUUGAUCCUUCCAAAAGAAUUCUCUCAGCAUCUCUACUUUGUAUCGACAUAAAUCAUUGAGCUGUGAUGUUGUUUGGCACAGCCUCAAAUAAGAAUUUACUUUUUACCUGCUGCAGAUUGGGUUACUGGUUUCAUAAAAUAGGUCUUACUGUUAAGUUUACUGUCACGACUGUUGUUGCCCUCUGUUCCUCCGUCAUAGAAUACUUUCCUCCUCUCCUCCAAUAGGCUCUUGUCAGUGAUAACAGACUUGGGUGUUCUGUAGUAUCGUUACGCGUGCAGUGCGGAUGGGAUUCUCCUAAAACCACAUUGGAUUCUUAUGGCUUUGACUCGACACAAUAAUCCCCAUGGUCACUUCUCAGAACUGAAGCCCUGAUGAACUGAACUGUAUGGCCAGUUGAUAUCCUUGGUACAUGUUGUUAAUGCAGCACAACAUUUUACAAAUGCUUGUUAAAAAUGUUUAUGUUUGUAUUUUUAAUUAGAGUUCAUUCUUAGUUUUGUUGAGCUUUUAUGUUUUGUUACAUUUGUCAAUGGCAUACGUUGACGGCAAAAUAAAUGGAGCUUUUUAUGAAAACACA